AUGCAAGACGAGAUAAGUAAGACAACUGCGCGAAUCAGUCGGUGUACUCAUCGUCGUCUAACGAUUCAACAUGAUAUUGAUGAAAAUCAUCGUAAACAAACAUAUCUGUCAACGCUACAUGCUUACAAACAUCAAGAACAAUUAUUUAACCGCAAAGUAAAUCAUCUGAGAAAGUGUUUGGAACAAAAUGAACCAUUCUACGCAGCUAAUAGAGAUAAUAACCACGAGACGUACGAAAAACAAUCAUUGACAUCGCCAAAUUGCCUUGCGCGUGUGCAUAAUCAUUUGCGUCUAUUGAAGUUUUCAUCGGAAACAGAAAAACGCUUACUAAGUUCAGCUUUACCAUCAAAACUACCUCAAAGAAGACAUUCAAAUCAAUAUAUUCCACGCCCAUCAUUGCCUCGAGCUCGUUCAUGUCGAUCAGCGAAAACUCCUUCAUUAAUCAAGUCUGACGUGUCAGAACAAAACACUUUUCAAUCAUAUCUUCAUCAACAAAUCAACGACGAACAACUCAAACAAUUGAACAUCAACAAACGAAAAGGUUCUCUUCUCAAAGAAUUCGAUAAACUCAAACAUACCAUCGACGAUCCCUACGCGACUCUCUCUGUCCUUGCGACACUUUCCCGAGCAUUUCUUAGGUACAGUACUGAAACAGAAUAA